AUGGCUCCAGAUGAAUACUCCACCGGUGGAGGCGGCAAACUCAAGCUCAAAGGAAGCAAAGUGAGCGAUGGUCGCGUCGACAAGAAGAAGAAAAAGAAGGCCAAGAGGGAGAAAGAUCUCGCUGGCGAGCAAAACCGCGAUACCCGCGACGAUUCGAACCAGGAUCUAGUUCAGGCACAGGGCACCAUCACCGGCAGUCGAUCGGGCUCUCGGGACCGGGAAGGGGAGAAAGGCAGACAUGGUUCUGAAUCCGGGUCUGAAGGUGGAUCUCGAUCUGGAGCGGUUGUUGCAAAGACCGAGGCGGAGAGGAAGUACGAGGAGAUGAGGAAGAAGAGGUUACAGGAAAGAUUGAAAAAGGAAGGCAUCAAGUCACACAAGGAACGGGUCGAGGAGCUCAACAAGUACCUCAGUCGAUUGAGUGAACAUCAUGAUAUGCCGAAAAUUGGACCCGGUUAG